CAACUAAAUAAACAUCCUACUCCUGGCGCAGCCUCAACGCAUCCUUUGCGAGGCCCAUACUGCUCUGUACUCCCUCAAUCCCUCUGCUGCCGUGUCACCACGUCUGUUUGUGCGCUGGCCCAACGCUCUCUUUGCUGUUCUGGCGCAUACGUCACUGCGCGCAAAACAUUCACACCUCCGAGCAUUCCACAGACAGGCGAUGCAGAGCAGUCGCGCCUGCCAGUAAUUUCUAAUUAGCCACCACAACCAUGUUCUCCAAACGCAGGAGAGCAGUCUCCAAUCCGCCCCAAAGAUCAGCGCCGCCCCCGAGCGCGUCUGCAUCGCUCGCAGCCACCAAGGCCUUUGUUAGACACCAGGCCUCUGAUGCGAACCUCUCCAAUGCUGCCGCCGCCGCCGCUCUGCGCUCACAUGCCACGAGCCCUACCCCUGUCGGUGAACUGGUAACCAAGCGCAUGGUGCGCCGCGGCUCGACGUCAUCGCAGGGCAGCCAGAGACCACAGGACCUCCGUCGCCAAUCGAGCUCAGGAUCUAUGACCGAGCGCUCCUUCCGCAACUCGUCGCCUGGCAGAGGCAGCCCCGUCAUUCCGCCUGUUCCCGCUGUUCCUCCAAAUAUCCCUGGAUCCGGUGGCAGCGUACAUCGACGUGCAUCCAGUCUCGAGCCCGUCUACCGUGGAGGAUCGCCGACGCAACGAGGUGGAGGCAGAGGCGUCAGCUUGGAUAGGGGCUCUGGGCCGUCAGUGAACCGGAUACAGCGCGUGGGAAGUCCGCUCGCCCAAGUCUCAGAGGAGGGACAGGACCAGAGACAGUCGGUCAACUUUUCGCGUCCAAUGUCUCCAGGGCUUCCAACAACGAGUGGCGGACCUUCGAGCAGCCAUGGGUGGUUCGGCGGACCCGUCGUCAACCAGGAGGCGGUCCAGCGCAUGGCAUCUACACCACGACCGAAGUCAGCAGGAGGCGUCAGCAAUGCCUACCUCAACAACACAGCACAGUCAGUGCAGAACGCGGCCAACCGUCCUGUGAGCACCCACUAUGUGCAGCAAGGACAAGAGGGCACGCGACUUUCGAGUGGCAGCAUGCGUGCAAAGCCGUCGGGCACAGCUGUACAGUCGAGGUCUUUCCUUCCAGCAAGAACGCAACCGCCGCGGCCUGUAGACCCCAAAUCGCCCGAUGCCGUCUACGACCCUUCAACGAGGACCUUCAUCCACAAGCAAGACGCUAUGGACAUACAUCGCGAACAGCACGAGCUGCCAGAAGAGCCUGCCCAGCACUACGUCUCUCAGCACCUCCAAUCAUCUGCGCCAAUGCAAUCUGGUCGCGGCCGCACACCGAGCCCUCUCCGUUACUCUGUGCAGCCAGAGCAGUCACCUCCUCGCUCGGUGGCGCAACCACUGCUGCCCAAGCUCAACACUGCGGAGACACGAAGAUUCGAAGACCGCCCAAUGACACCUCUAUCGUCGCAGCCAAGCUCUGGAGCAACCCUCGCAAGACAGCACUCGGAAGAUUACGCGAAUGCUGAUAUCAAGCCAGUGGACUUUAUCCCUAUAGAGAUCGUUCAACCCAGCACCAGUCAACAGCCCGAGAGCCAACUGUCACCGCAGUUUGCACCGAAUCAGGACAGCUCGUACCCACCCAUCGGCGCGCCGACCAAUACGACAUCCAAUGCACGCGUCGAACAGGUUCACGACAAUGUCAGAACAGAACGACAUGCUUCCCUCAGCCCAGCCCGCCACGCUACUUUUGCCCCGAACACGAGUGUGCUAGCUGGCUUAAAGCACGAGCCUUUGCCUCGCUCCGUGUCUCCUGCCAAAUCUGCUCUCAAGUCAUCGCCUUCAGUCUCUAGGCGCAGCAACUCGCCCCUUGGACCGGCAGGACGUGGCUACAGCAAAGCGGCUUCCAGCAACGCGUCUGACACUGCAUCUGAGAGUGGCUACGGGAAGAAGAAGAAAACAGUACGAGUCAGUUUUGAACAGGAGCCUACUAUUGCCGGUCAUGCUGCGUAUGGAGAUAUGGAGAUGCCAGUUUCGCCUGCAGGCCCAACACCAUACAAGCCAACCCCAGCUGCUGCCAAGACCGAAGACGAGUUCGAAGACUUCAUGAAGCCCCGCCCAGCUUUGCCAUCUUUCGGAAGCGUCCGCGACAAGACUCGACACCGCGCUGAAGACGACGUGCCUCAGAAGGUCACCGAGACUGUGUCCACACCUAUGUCAGCAUCAGUGGCAUCUGUGGGGGAGCCAUGGGAAGCAUCUACCGACCUUGGACUGGGCCACGUGGUUGCUCAGGACUUCGCCUCAAAGAACACAACUGCCCAUGACCCUCUGCCGCCACAGGUCACUUCGGUCGAGGGCAGUGGCUAUGUAUCCGACUCCAAUUAUUCAACGGAUGGUGAAUCCAGUGUACGCAAACACGCCGACCCAGCGACGACAUCGCAGUCCUUACCCGUUCCUGAACCGAAGUCUUUGACGAAGCCAACGGCAGAGCAACCCUCUACAUUACCAGCCAUCUCUGAACAGGUCGUUGAAGUGCCUAACAUCGCAGUCCUGCCAGCAACACCGAGUCCAUAUGAGCACUCUGAGCCACAGUUCCAGAGCAUGUCGGCUCCUGGUGGCUGGAAUGAUCAAGAAGAGAAACCGUCUGCUACAACGGCGUAUGCACCUGUGCAGUUCGCACCGAUCGAGACCCCCGCUUCGAUGCAGCAACAACUCAACGAGCCGCCCAGCAGCACCGGUCAUGACGGCGAUACCACCGAUGACGACAGCAGCGUGUACAGUGACGCCUACGAGGACAUUUCUGAUAUGGAGGGUGGCUUUGGCAGCAUCAACGCAAUCGUUGAAAGCCCAGUGGUUGGAUCAAGCCCGGUGGUUGGAUCAAGCCCUGGCUUGGUGGCUUCCAAGUGGGCCGAUAAGAGCGUCACCGAGAGCCCAACUCCUCAGUCCAAGGGUGGCACUUCGCCCCUCGCCAAAGAUCAGUCUGUGGACACAUCUACAAGUGAUUGGGAGGCUGCAAGAGCGCACUGGAGUGGCGUCAACCGACUCAGAGAUCACGUCGACGCACCUUCUGCGCAGACCCAUACGCAUGCGGAGAACGUUGCUGCUCGUGUACUACAAGCCCCAGUGCAAGAGGAGGAGCUUCGCAAAGAGCGCAAACCCGCGGUGCAGGCAGCAUCAAGACCU